AUAGUUUCUGGGAAAAUAUAUUGUCCUAAAAAAUCAAAAACAGGCCUAAUGUUAGGAUCAUUGCCUGAGUUUUCUGCAGGGACGUUCAGAAACAGAAAGCUCUGGUGAAGAACGAGUCGCUGCUGACCAUUUUAUCUGGUGCUGACACCACCGUGUCCCAGUCUCUGCUGACUCAGCAGGGCGUCCCAGUCGUGGGUCUGUCCAACGGGAAGUCGUACUGCUUCAGCUCCUCUCUGGAGACGUGGACUCUGAUAGCAGAUAAGGGGGACUCUCUGGUCCAGUGUGCAGACUUCAGGAGCUGCCUACCUUCCCACGAUGCACCUGCCUCCUCGGGGCCGCUGGCCGUCAUGCAGGGACGCAACCUCAACGCUGGUCGCCUGGCGUCCCGGCUCUCCUCCACGCCGCACCACCUGCAGCAGAGCAUGACGCUCGCCUUCCUGGAGAACCAGCUGGCGUCAGCGCUGACGCUGCAGUCGGCGCAGGAGUAUCGCUACUGGCUGCUCAUCUACGCCAGAUUCCUCGCCAACGAAGGAUCAGAGUACCGUCUCAGAGAACUGUGUAAGGAGCUGCUGGGUCCGGUCCACAGGUCAGCAGCCUCCUCCUGGGAGCCCACCACUCUGGGUCUACGGAAGCGUGAGCUGCUGCGGGAGGUUUUGCCCGUCAUGGUGGAAAACCUGCGAUUCCAGAGACUGUUCACGGAGUACCAGGACCAGCUGGAGCUGCUGCGUAACAAAUAACACACACACACACACACACACACACACACAGAGACACAGAGACACUCAGACUGCCACAAACACACACCUGGACUCAUCAUGAAACCAGUUUUGGUUCUCCCGGUAAACUCUUUCUGACUGGCAGCUUGGAGCUGUCCUGGCUGGAGACCCUCUGGGGGUCUGGAGACCCUCUGGAGACCCUCUGGGGGUCUGGUGAGAACUGGACUAGCAGCUCUGGGACUCUCAGCUGUCGCUCACUGGGAAGAAGUGGGUGCUUUUUUUUUUUUUUUUUUUUCUAAUCACGAUCUCAGUUUGACCUUUUUCGUCUUUUGUCUUUUUUCUUGCUGAACGUGCUCCCUCUGACCUAUGCACCUCUCUGCACUCCUAAUCAUGGACUAUAAGAGGAGGCGCUGGUUGGACUCCUGGUUCCUCCUCAGAGAGAAACAAACACAAACAGAAAUCAGAAAUGGAUGUAAAGGAGCAAUAGGCUUGUACCAAAGUGAUGCCUUUGACAGUGUAGAAACAACAGAAAGGAGAAGGCGUCCAGACAACAAGGUCCGACCGGCGGUGGGGAGUUUCCUUCAGGGGGUCGUGUCUCUUUAAUGCCAAAAUGUGAAGUCAAUAGUGAGCGAAACAGAUAAUCAGGAAGGAGCUCAGAGAUUUACGCCAUGACAAGAAGAAAUGAAUGUGUUAAAGAGCACUUAUAGGGAGACUUUGGGUUUUUUAAGAUGUGUUGUAUGACGUAGUUAUCCUGCUGGUGGAUCUGUUUAAACUAAAACCUCUUCACCUCGCUGUCAGACAGGAGCUGGAGCUGGUGUUGAUGGUUUCUUCAAGGCCGACACACUCGAUUUAAGCUCACAGAACACGAAAGUUUGUUUGUGUGACUUGGGUGAAUCUGCACUAACACUUUAAAACACAAGAAGUCACACAGAAACACAAACAAACGAACCAACAAGGGAGCAGGAGACCAGCUGCUGUGUUCUGAGAUAAAGUUAGUGGUUUUGUCAGUCUGGUGGGUUUCAUGGAGCGGAAAACAAUCCUCGAUUGGUUAUUUAGCUUUUUAAAGUGUUUUUUUGGAUUCACAAAAGUCACACAAUAACACAAACUAACUAACUGAUAAAGGGAGCAGGAGACCAGCUAUUCCUCUGUUCUGUGAGAUAAAAUUACUGGUUUUGUCAAUAGAGUCUAGUAUUUUAACUGCUUUAUGAAAUCCACCAUUUAUUAACCAUUUUCAUUGCUUAGCAUUGUUGGUGGUCCUCCUGAUGCUGAGGCAUGUAGCCUAGCUGCUAGCUGUGCUUCCUUCAGAGCCACCAGACUCCGUUAACAGAACCAGUAAUGUUAGCCUGGAGCAACACAGAGCUGCCGGUCUGCCUGCUCCCAGAUCGGUCACUUUGUUUGUGCUGUUCAGUGACUUUUAUGAAUCCAAACCAACCAUUAAAAAACACUACAGUCAUAAAAUAACACAAACAAACUGAACUGAUCAAGGCAACAGUCCUGUGAGGUAAAAUUACUGGUUUCGUCUUUAGAGUUUUGUGGAUUUGAAGAGAGCAGAGAUAACGGCUUUAGUUCCCCUCAUGUUAACUUUAAAGAGGCAGGAGUAGCUAGGAAGCUAACCAAUGGAAAUGAUGAAUUAAUUGUAUUUUCACAGCUUAACGAUGCAGUUAGACAGCCCUGUGUACAUUUACAUGAUCUCUCUUUAAACACCAGACUCCAUUGACAUCAACAGUCGUUUCAGCUCACAGAAAACAGCCUCAACUGGUCGCUACAGUCAUAAAAUAACACAAAGAAAUAACCAAUCAGGGCAGCUGUAGACCAACAACUCCUGCGUUCUGCGAGGCAAAAUUACUGGUUUCGUCUUUAGAGUUCUGUGGUUUUGAAGAGAGCAGAUAUAACGGCUUUAGUUCCCCUCAUGUUCAUGUUAAAGGGCAGGAUAGCUAGGAAGCUAACCAAUGGAAAUGAUAAAUGAAUAGUCCUAAGAGGAACCUAUGCUCUCUCUAAGGGCACCAGACUCCAUUGAGUUUGUGAGCUUAAAUUACUGGUUUUUUUCAAUGGAGCCUGGUGGAUUUCAUAAGGGAGUUAGACUGCUAUCCAUUAACUAUUUUCACCAGACUCCAUUGGCAUCAACAGUCGUUUCAGCUCACAGAAAACAGCCUCAACUGGUCGCUACAGUCGUAAAAUAACACAAAGAAAUAACCAAUCAGGGCAGCAACUCCCGUCUUCUGUCAGAUAAAAAGACUGGUUUUAUUAAUGGAGUCUGGUGGGCAGAAGCUGGAUAAAGACCUCAUACAACCACACUUUAAAGUGUUUCCAACACAAUGAAAUGAGUUUUUGCACAGAAGAAGAACAGGAAGCGCAGCAGCCAAAUGAAUAUUGUGAAUGAAUUUAGACUAAAAACACAAAUCAGAUAACAUGAGAACAGUGUCAGAUAACAUAAUAAAGUAAAAUACUAAAUGUUGACGCAGCAGCUGUCGAAGCCACGCGACUUUUUCUAAACAACACUUUGGCGUCAUGAUGUCAUCGAUUGUUACAUCAGUUUUUACCAUCAAAUCAACUUGAUCAAAUGCUUUGUUUUGUCUCAGAAUCUUGAUAACGAGUCACAUUUUUUAAUUGUAGUAGAUGAAUUGAUUCAGAACCAGUUUCCAGGCAGAUCUUAAUAACCUUCAUGAUGACAUCUGAGAUGAUAUCUUCAGUUCCUUCCUCUGAUCUGCACAGACUUGAACUUCUGUUACUGUAAACUUGUCACAUGCACACAGAUUUAUUGUAAAUAUCAGAAACUCUGGGCUCCACUAUCUUGGCUUUGCAGAUUUUCCAAGAUAUAUAUCAUGUUUAUCAUUAACAGGCCUCUGAGGUUAUAAAAUGCUUUUUCACUCAGUAAAAUGAAAUGUUCCAUCUUUAUUGUUUUCAUGUGAUCAGAGAGAAAUGUCCUGAUAUUAUUUGGUCUGUUUUCACUUCUCGUCUCUUUUGUAAAUAACCUCGUUCUCUCUGUUUCCUCUCUGUUGCCGGGCAGAAACCACUGCAGAGAAAUCCGUUUUUCAGGACUUGUUUUGACCUCUGACAUCUAUAACUUGACAUUUAAACAGGUUUCAAAAGCCCAACAACACCUCAAUGAACUCCUGUUGAAGACAGAGUCCUUUAUUUAGCCUCUCCUGUGCUCCGGCUCCUCCUCUGCUACCAGAUGUGUAAAUAAAUGAAGAGUGAGCGCUGGAGAGGAGAGGAACAACUCUUCUUUCUUCACUCGUCUGUACAGAGUUUUUCUUUCGUUAGUCAUUUUUAAAUGUUUGUACACAAGGUAGUUUUUUUUU